CACUGCUUGCUUCCUGCGCAUUUUGUUUUGACAACAAUGUGCUAGAAUUUUAUCGAAUCCUCCGAAGAUAUCCUACCCUCUUCCACAAAGAUGAGCAAGUGCACCUAUGGUCCUCCCACAGAUUCCGAUGGUUCGGACAGCAGCUACGAUGGCUUCUACUUCUCGGAUGAGAUAAAACGCUCAAAACCAGCCCCUUAUGUGCAUCCCGAGCAGAAGCUCUACGAGGCAGUUCUGGAUGGUGAUCUCCCGACUGUGCUUAAGGAAAUGAAAGCCCUAUUAUUUCAUGUGGACCACAGCCUGAAGGGCGGACCCACCAUUUUGAUGUACGCUUGUAUGAACGGACAUUAUGAACUAGCCGAGUACUUCAUAGAGAAGUUAUCGGCCAAUGUCAACCGACAGGUGGACUCUGUGAUGCCACUGAUGCUAGCUUGUGACUGUCAGAACAAGGAUCCUUAUUUGGUGGAGAAAUUGGUGCGUCUGCUCCUAAAACAUAGAGCCGUCAUAAACGUGUCAGAUAGGUACGGCAUGACGCCUUUUAUGUUCGCCUGCCGGAAUGGCUUUACGAGCGUUGUUCGCUUACUGAUUAAGGAAGUGAGCUUCGACGCCGUGGAUAAUAACGGCUGUACCCCAAUCUUCCAUGCCAUCGAGCAGAACCACAUCGAGGUGGUCAAGAUUUUAGUGGAGGCUGGCGUCAAUGUCACAAUAGCCAACAAUAAGGGCUACACUCCAACUCAGGUGGCGGAAUGCCACGGCUACUAUGAUCUCAUGCAGCUUUUGCCUCAACUGCCAUCUGUGUACUCAGUGCCAUCCCGUUUCUUGGGCUAUAAUUCUCUAAGAGAUCAGAUACCGCGUCUUUUCUUAAAGAGCGACUGCCCGGAGUACUUCCAGGAGUUGAACUGCAUUCUCCAAUCAAUUGAUGUGCAGAACACGCUGCAGUACUUCGCCGAGGCGAGAGUCUCAUUGGCCGAGUUUCUGGUCAUGGAUGAGCAAUCGCUUGCAGCGAUAGGCAUAAAGUUCCCAAUUUACCGAAACAAAAUCAUGAAGGGCAUUCUGGACUUUCAUCUGCACCACUGGUCCAAGAAAUCGAUAGCUCGCGUAAAAAAGGAUGGCAUGGACAACUUUUAUGAGAUUCUAAUGAUUGCCGCCAAUCAUCUGCAACAGCUGGUUAUCAUUCAGGCUUCUCUGCAAUUCGUUUUGAAAAAUCAGAAGGAGCAGAAACUGGGACAGCCUUCGGAGACGCAACUAACUAUUUUGCAGAGCAACCUCCAAGGCUACAGGGAUGUUAUGAACGAAAUGUCGAGAACCGUUAAAUAUUUGGGAUCCUUUAGUCCUCAAAAAAAUCCGCUGUACAUCGACUUCAACGAAAUAGUGGCCGAACGGAAGCGCAAGAAAGUCCGAAACUACUUUAAGUAUACUACUAUAUUACUUGGAAUCUCUGUUUUCAUUUGCCUCAAAUGCAAGUGGUUCUAAUAGUAUUAAUUACCCAUAUCAUUGAAGUAAUCAUUCCCAAUUUAAAAAUAGAGAUACUAUUUUGUAGCGAGCUUAAUUGAAUUUAACCGUUUAUGUUUGAAAAUUUAGGGAGAUAUUGAAAAAUCUCAUAUUGAAUAUACUACCACACGCCUUUAUGUUAAAAUGUUACAAAUUUAACUGUUAAAUAGUUUGAAAUAUAACCUGGUUUAUAAGUUUAUGAAAUUUAAAAAUUUAACCUAAAGACAAUAUAAAGGAAAACAAUUAUAAAACGAAAAUACCUGAAUCUCAUGAGGUUACCUGAUGAAGAAUAUCAAAUUUAAUACUAUGUACUAAAGAAUAUUAGAAACUAUUAACUACUUAUAAAAGUUCAAAGCAAUUAUAGCAACAUUGUUAACAUGUACAUUUUCUAAAUAAACAAAUCGUUUGAUUGAA